AUGUGUUUCGCCACAUUAACAUCCUAUGUGCAGCCUUGCAAGCUGGCCGUUGCAAACAUCUCACUGAGUUUUCAUUUUCUGCUUAUCGGUUUCUGUGAUGUUCUGGAGUACGAGUGGUUCGACGAUCUGGAUAUAGGAGCAGACAAGCUAGAGCUGACAUUCAUGUGUCCUCUGCUGAUCUCCCACGGCUUAAUGUUUGCAUGGGCUGGGUACAAGCUGACCUACCGUGUAAAGAAAUGUCAGUUCAAUCCUUCCGGUUACAAAGUGGUGUUAACCGACAUAGCAAACAGUGUGAAGCAAUACGUGAGACCCCGUAGCUACCAGGAAGUACACUCGUAUUAA